AUGGAGCCUCCAGGAAAAUCAGAGUUUUCCAACAGCUCUGGAGGAAGACUGGACUGUACCGCGACCGGCUCACCACCGCCACACGUUUCCUGGCUCACACUGGAAGGUAUCACCGUCACCGAAAUUCCAGGUCUGCGCCGUAUCCUCUCCAACGGCACCCUCCUCAUCCAGCCCUUUCCACCGGAGCUCUAUCGUCAAGACGUCCACGCUGCCAUCUAUAGGUGCAUGGCCAGCAAUACUGUCGGAACCAUCAUCAGCAGGGACGUCCAUCUCAGAGCAGGUUAG